UUGUGCGCGGGCCUUGCCAUCAUCAUUGGCGAAUACAAUAUCUCACUCGCAAUAAUGCGUCGCGACUAUUACUCGCCUAAUCGCAAGAGUUGGUGGGAUGGAUUUGACCGCCUUGGAGCCCCUGCCGAGCUCGCUGCCGCCAUGUCUGCCCGACGGUAUCACAUCGUUGCGUACCAGCUACGAGAAUUUCCCGAUAAUGGAGUUAGCAUCGUCUAUGGUACACCGUUGAUUAAUGUGUUUAAGCUCGGUGAUCAGCACCUUCUCAACAUCAUGGUUCAACAUCUCGACUCUCCCCGCCUUAACCAACAGAGUAACAUCCAACGAAGGAAUAUCCUCUUCCAGUCCAGCCAAAACAAUGCCUUUCCAGUCCAUAAAGCGAUGCUUUGUGCGAUUAGCUACAAUCAACUAAAUAUGACCACCGUUCUUCUUCAGCUGUACACGAAGUAUAUCCGCUGUGUGGAAGAUAGCGAACUCAACGACUGGCUGGAGGCUGCCGUAGAUCAGGGCAACGUGGCGAUGGUGCACGCUCUGGCUAAGAUGCCUUGCAACUCCUGGUUCAAAAUUCGAUUUCCUCUCAUGGGUUGGAUUUGCGAGACUGGCGACUAUGAUCUCGUCUCCGCUGCUUUCAGGCUGACAUCUCUCCAACUUACACAUGGAUCUUCUGCUCAGAAUCCGCUCCAUAUCGCGGUCCGGUCCAGCUAUGCGGACUCCGUUCGAGCCCUGGUCGAUACUGGAAGAGUCAAAAUCAAUGCCCUAGUCAGCUCUAAUAUCCCGAGGUACUCUCGCGGUUCCAUCAUCACCCUAGAUGUAGCUGUCUACCAUGGCCACGUCGCAGUGAUACAGUACCUCAUCUCUCAAGGCGCGGUCCUUGCCGACAAGAUGCCUUCUAAGGAGGUUCCUGGCUAUAUAUAUAAGCUCCUUCGCCAGGCUUCCAUCGAUCGCAACAAUGGAAAGACCUUCAAGGUUGAAUACGGGCAGUGGAAGAACCUAGGCCGCGAAGAGCGUAAUUACAUGAUGGGAAUAUAG